AUGGACCCGGAGCUGGAGGAGCGGGUGCGAGAGGCUUUGCGGGACAAGCUGCGGCUGCUCCCGGCCGAGCUGCACGCAGCCCGGGGCAGGACGGAGGCAGCGCGGGGCCCCGCCACGCUCCCUCCAUCCACCCGGGUGCUCCUGAAGAGGCGGGAGGCGGCGGAGGUGGAGCGGGAGCUGCAGAACCAGCGGCAGGAGUUCCAGCAGAGGAUGCAGCGCCUGGCGCAGCGCCGGCAGCAGCUGGCCCGGAGGCAAGAGCAGCACCGCGACGCCGUGCUCAGAUUCGACUCCUUCCUCAAGGCGGUGGCGGCCCGGCGGGAGCGGGAGCUGCGGCGGGGGGGCGAGGAGCGGGCGCGGGCGGCGGCGGAGCGAGAGGAGAGCGCCCGGCUGCAGCGGGAGCUGGAGCGGCUGCGGCGGCACCGGGAGCGCCUGGCCCGGCGCCUGCGGAGCCUCCGGCCCUUCGGGGACUACCUGCGGGACGUGCUGGCCAGGAUGGGGCAGUUCCAGGACGUGGCGGCCAUGCUGGUGCAUUUCGGGGUGCUGGCGGAGGUGCGGGCAGCCCUGGCACGGGAGGCAGAAGCCGGGCAGGAGCAGCUGGCCCAGGGCAGGGCAGAGCUCCAGCGGUACUGUCAGGAGAGCAGCACCCAGCUCCUGGGCACCAGGAACGAGCUGGCCCGGCUCCACGCACGCCUGGAGGCUGCCCACCGGGAUGUGCUCCAGUGGGAGUCCUGCUGGUCCCACAUCCAGAGCACAGCCACCCAGAAGACCCUGCUGCUGGGGCAGAUCAAGCUGGCUGUGCAGAACCUCUUCCAGCAAACCACUGCACAGCUAAGGAUCCCCACGGACAGAGCCCAGGAGGACACAAAGGCCCAGCUGGACAUGGUGCUGCUCUGCAUGCAGGCCCUGGCUGGCAUCUGUGCCACUGGCACACACCCACAGCACCACAGGAGUGCCAGGCUGCUUCGGGGCCAGGAAUAGCCCCUGAGCACACCUGCCUGCUCCUGGGGCUGGGGUGGGGCUGCCAGGGCCAGCAUGGAGCCACAGGACCCCUGUGAAUGGAGGUAAUUCCUGCAAGUCUGGAAACCCCAAGUCAAGAGGCAACAUGGACAGCAGUGGCACAGUCACACUGGGGUGGCACCAUACCCAGGCAGGGCCAGGGCACUCCUGAGGUUCCCGCCUGCACAGAGCACCCCAGGCAGGAGGAUGAGGAGGAGGGAGCUGCUGUUGACAUCUCUGAAGGUGCUCCACAUCAAAAUACACCCAGCC